AGUUUAGCAGUUGAUAAAAUGAACAAUCAUUUUUGUAAAUAGCGUUCUUGAAAAUUAUAGAAAGCAAAGUUAAAUACUUUAGCGCUGAGCGCUAAAUAUUUAUCGAUUUAUUUUGUUUAUAAUCUGGCAAGAGUUGACUUUGCAAUUUACUUGAAAAUAUAUUACACUCACAAUUAUAUUUUAAUGGAUGUUAUUUGCAUAAAUUUGAAAGAUUUAUAUUAUACAUUUACGGAAUGGUAUUUUAUCUGAAAGUUUAAUAAGUUCGAAAAUUAGCUUUUGGCUUAUAAAAAAUUCUGAAAUACUUUAUCAGUAGGUUUAAUUUGUGACUUUUACAACUGCAGUAGCUUUUUUUUUUACAAUUUUAAUAAUGAAAAUUAAUGUUUUUGAAAUUGGCAAAGCUUUAAUUGAAAAUCGAUUUGCUAAAUCACCAAGACAUAAACUGAAGCAAGAAAAUUAUUGGCGUCAGUACUAUUUUGUGCUUUUUAAAUUAAGAGACGAUUGGAUAAGCUGUUUUGGGGAAAAUGUCAAAUUACGUGCUACUAAAGGAGAUAUCAAGUUGAAAGAGACAAGAACAAGCUUAUUUCUUGUAUAUUGGCAAACAUCGGCUGACAGAUAUACGAAUGUAAAACCUGUUGAAAUAUUUCCGCUAAAAGUUACAAACAUUCCAGUUAUAUGUGAACAUCCCUAUUGGCCAGAUAAAUAUCAAAACGUCAUACGUUGGGAUAUGAACCUUUGUCGUUUAUAUCUUUGCGCAGAAUCGCAAGCAAUCGUCCGUGAUUGGAUAAACAAAUAUUCUGAACAGACGGGUAUACAGAGCUUUGAAUGUGUUACUUGUGAUGAGGAAACUCUUUCAGAUGUCAACGUCAGCUUUAAAUCAUCUGAAAGCAGUUCCAGAAGCUCUCAAAGCUCCCUAAAAGAAACUUCAAGAAGUAGCAGUACUGUCUCGUUAGCAACAGAGAUUUUAAACCAUUUCAGUACAUCAUACUCAAAUUCGACAAAAACGAUUUUAAAAAACAACUCAACUUUGAUUGAAAAUGAUGAUUCCAUUAAUUGCACGCUGGAUGCAAAAAGAAAAGAUUGUGAUGAUAUAAAAAAACAAAGAAACCACCCAAAUUUAACACUGCAGCGUUCGAUGUCGUUUGAUUAUACUCCUAUGAAUAUGAAUGGAAGACAAAUGAUUGGUCAAAAGAUAAUAGAUUCUUCUAACAUAUCAACAAGCGAUGAAUAUGAUUCGGACAGAACUGACUGUACUCCAAUGAGCAUUAAAGCAUGCUCUAACGAUAAAUAUUUCAAAACGCCAAAAUCAACUUUGGCACAAUCUUUUACCGAAAAAAGCGAUUAUAAAUUCAAAAGAAAGCCAUGUUAUACCAAGAUAAAUAGAGAAAGUGGAAAAGUAAAAAAGAGAACUGCUUUUCAGAAAAUUGAUAAUCCUAUGAAUGAAUUUAUUGCUGAAGAUACCAUCAAUAACUAUAUAAAAGUAGUUUCGACAUCACACUUGAACAAGCCUAAUUUUAUUGAAAACAUGAAAGAGGAUGUUACAGUUGAAAUGACUAAUAGUACAAACUACAAUAUGACUAAUGAGUUUAAAACAUUAAACGUAGGAGAUGUUCAAAUUUCAUUUCCUUUUAACAGUCAACUCAUAUUUGUGGAUAAUAAUAAAGUGACAUUACGCACAGAGCAAGUUACGUGCAACAUUAUCAAAAAUGAAAUCAAUUUUCAUGUAUAAAAAUCAAUAUAAAUUUAAUCUGAUUAACAAAUAAAAUAAA